CCGUCUGCCGCUCAUUCUCCAUCCGUUUGUUCGGAAUUAACGGAUUACCCGUACGAGCUCAAACCGACAGAACCGCCGCAAAUAACAACCCCGCUCGUCACGUUCAUGGCAGUUAUUCUUUUCUCUUUUAGUAUCCCCACCACUCUUUAAAAAUUCCGCCUAAAAAGAAAAAGCGUUCUGCCCCCUCUUAUGGGUUUACAGCUGAUGUGUACAGUAAUUAUCCAGAGGAUCUAGGGGCAGCUCUAUACAGAGAGCCGUUUGACUUCAACGCCGAGCCACCUUGGGAUCCUAGCUGAUAGUGGACGAGUUCAACCCCGGACUCAUCCAUUUUGUUGCAUAGGUCUAGGACCCAGGGGCUCGAGAGGGAGUGAGCAAGACCACUUUGGACCAGCCAUAAUCUUUAUGCCUGUCGGAUUAACAGAAAACGGUUGAGAGGAUGAAAGGAAUUGCUGAUGAACCACAGUAUUCUGUUGGCCUACUGGAGGGAGGCACAGCCCUCUGUGAUGUGAUCGACAAUCAUAUUUAUGAGCAAACUCUGUGUGAGAAGAAUGCCUUCUUUGUAGCAGACCUGGGAGUUAUAAUGAGGCAGCAUGUUCGCUGGCGGACCCACAUGGCACAGAUCAGACCGUACUACACUGUCAGAUGCAACAGUAGCCCAGCUGUUAUUGAAGUUCUUGCUGCUCUCGGCACUGGAUUCAUAUGUACCAAUAAGUCUGAACUUGAGCUGGUGCAGAGCCACAGUAUUCCCUCAGAAGAUAUCAUCUACAGUGCUGUUUGCAAACAGAUUUCUCAAAUUAAAUACGCUGCUAAGAGUGGUAUUGACCUCCUCGUGUGUGAUAACGAAGUUGAGCUGCGCAAGAUCGCUCGCUGCCAUCCCAAUGCUAAGCUGCUGAUCCAAGUGUCAACAGAAGCCUCUACUCAGGAUGAUGAUAUGAGCAUGGCCUUUGGCUGUUCCCUCAAAGACUGCAGGCAUCUGUUGGAGAGUGCGAAGGCGCUGGGGGUGCAGGUGGUGGGUGUCAGAUCUCACAUUUCCAGCUCCUGUGACGAUGACCAGAUGUAUAUUCAUGUCAUCUCUGAUGCUCGUUGUGUCUUUGAUAUGGGAGAGGAAAUUGGCUUCAAUAUGAAGAUUCUGGACAUUGGAGGUGGUUUCAGUGGAUCUGAAACCCAACUGGAACAAAUCAAUAGUGCUGUCAUGUCUAUGGUGGACCUCUACUUCCCUCCUUCUACUGGUGUUUCCAUCAUCGCUGAGCCCGGUAGCUACUUUGUGUCUUCUGCUUUCACAUUGGCGGUCAAUAUCAUUUCCAAAGAGGCUGUGGCACGAGAUCGUCACGAUCAGGGACAUGAUGAUCCGUCUCCUAACGAUGAGCCAGAGUUCCAGUAUUACAUGAACGAGGGAGUGUAUGGAUCAUUUUCCAGCAAACUCACUGAAACACUGAUUGCUGUUCCGUCUGUGCACAAGAACUCAGCCCUGGACACCCCCGUGUUCAGCAGCAGCCUGUGGGGUCCGACUGGGGAUGACAUGGACCAGGUGGUGGAGCACUGCCUGCUGCCGGAGCUCCAUGUCGGGGACUGGCUCCUGUUCACCCAUGCAGGGGCCUACAGUCUGGGUCAGCCGGUCUGCACCUCCAGCGACUCUCCACCCCCUCCCGUGUACUACGUCAUCUCCUCUAGAGACUGGUUUGAAAUGCAGGACACCGGUGUCACCCAGGAGGCUACACUGAAGAACUUCUCCCUGAUCCCUUAUUUCUUAAAUUCCUGCCAAACAGAGGCUGCCCUCUCUGUUCCAGCUUAGCAAUCAUCAGACCAGGAUGGCUUCUAACUUUCCUAGCUGGUUCCUGGCAGCUCCCUCUGGUCUACGUUCCACUAGGAUGACCUGAACCCACAGAACAGAUAGCGCUUCUAGUUGCUGGGACCAGACUGAAUUCACCCUGAAAACCCCAGUGUACAGCAUAGUAUGUGAUUAGACCUGGAAAAGCUAAGUAGAUGUUAGGAAAUUAGUAUGCAACAAAAUGGAAGACUCCAAAAAUAAAGAUGCAUUUUUCCCCUUUGCUUUGGGCGUUCCGUGGCACUGCAGUUUACACUCGUACAGUAGAACUAUUACUGAUUUCAAGUCAUUACAUUUAUGUGCUAUAUGUCCAUCGCUGUUGCCAGUCUUGUAAAGAUUUGUAUUUCUGAGUGAAUCAAUAUAUUUAAACAGAAGGUGUUCUGAUAUUGUACUUUACGGCAACAUGUGUAUUUAUGAUUUUAAUUGGUUGUAUAAUGUAUUUUGUGCAACGAGACCUCGAUCCCUGUUUUACAUUUUUGAGUCUGUCGUCCUUCUCAGUGUUCUGACGUCUGGGCCUGAAUAUGAAGGUGCAUUUAUUUACUCAUCCAUUUGAUGCAGUAAAUAAAACCAACGUGAUCCAAGCACAGUGUUCACACAAAUUAGGAAAACGCUAUGUCAUGACACAGGUGGAAGGUGUAUUCGCCAGCAUGUGCUGCAGGUUGAACAUUGGAAGUGUCGAUGGAUUUGGAAUCAAGUGACAUGUGACGUGAUCUUUUCUAGUGCAAGAGCAUUUGUUGCCAUUUGUAUUGAUAUUUAUAUUUGUUAAAGUAUUAUUCUGUGCAAGGACACAUCUGUGAAGUUGUCUCUCAAUUUGUGUCAAAGGCAUGAUGAAUAUUUCGGCAUUUGCCUGUUCUUAUUAACUUGUGGCUUGUGCUUGUACAAAUGAUCAGUAAUAAACACCUCGCUGACUCAGCUG